AUCAAACUCAAAAUAAUCAAUAAAACCCAAUUGUGCCCUAGAGUUAGGGUUUUAGCGCAGUCAAAUUCGUUAUCUCCGUUCACCGCAGUCCCAUAAGAAAACAGUGGCCGGAAAAACACUACAUCGGAGAUGUCGAAGAAAAACAACUUGUCUCUUAGGAAAAAACAGCACGAAUUCGAGCUUCGAAGAGAAAAGGAAGAAAAGGAAAAGAAAGCCAAGAGAUUAGAAGCUAAGAAGAACAAGAUGAAAGUUGAUGGAAGUACAAGCAAGAACAAGAAGAAGGGUAGCCGUGGAUUUACAGUAGGGAAAAAGAAGUUGAAGACUAGAAUGACACCAUUGGCAAAAGCUAAAGCUGGUCAAGCAAUGGAAUUAGACAAUUGAGAUCUAGCUCUCUAAGUUGAAUCCAAUAUAAUUUAUUGAUAGUAACAUUUCGAAUGUGUUCUCAUGCUUGUCGUUCCAAUUUUAAAGCUCUCUUCUUAUCAUUAUUCGUUGUAUCUCUGCAAACCAAUGCUAAAGUUGGGAGUUUGUUUUAUGCUCAUAUUGCAAAUUUAUUUUGUCAA